AUGCUGAUGUGGAGCCGGGACGAGUCGCUGGAGGCGCGCAACAAGCUGUCCGGCAAGUUGCGGGAGGCGGCGGCCGCAGCAGUCUCCGCCCCCGCAGUGCACCCCCGCAAGGUGGCGCCGGCGGGGGCCGCCCCGUCGCGGCCGGAGGCGGAGGCCGUCUUUCACAACGACUUCGCGUUCGCCGUCGGCCUGGCGCAGUGCUUCGGGAUGUUCCCCGUUCAGGGCUGGCGCGAGCCGGACCCCACCUGCGUCAGGUUCCGGUGGCUCAACCUAAGGGUGCUGCAAAGUUUGGUGGUGGUGUGCUGCGCCUUGGUGAUGCUGGGAUUCACCCUCGCCAUGAACUUCAUAGAGGGGUUCACUUUUGAGCGAUCAAGUGGCGUGGCGUUCUACGGUGCGGGCUUCCUGACGAACGCGGCGUUCCUGCAGCUGGCGACCAGGUGGCCGCACGUGUCGCGGCGCUGGCGGGAGGCGGACGCCGCCCUCGCCGACUACGGCCGCCCCCGGGGGCUGCACACGCGCCUGCGUCUCACCGCCGCCUCCCUCAUGUGCUUCGCGCUCGUGGAGCACGUGCUGGCCAACAUCACGAACCUGGUGACGUCCGUGACGUGUUCGUCGGGCGGGUUCGACUGGCUGCGCCGGUACUGCGAGCGCGCCUACCCGCAGGUGUUCUCGCUGGUCGCCUACGACCACGGGCGCUGCCUCGUCUUCUGGGCGACCAACGUGAUCGACACGUUCGCGUGGAACUUCAUGGACCUGUUCGUCAUGCUGCUCAGCAUGGUGCUGGCCGCACGCUUCCACCAGCUCAACUCGCGCCUGCACGCCCUGCGUGGAAAGAUGCUGACGCAGAAUGAAUGGCGUCGCCUUCGCGAAGACUACGACACACUCUGCCAGUUGACGAGAGACGUGGACAGCUCCGUCUGCAACAUCGUGCUGCUCUCCUGCGCCAACAACCUGUACUUUAUCUGCCUCCAGCUCUUCAACAGUCUCAAGCCGAUGCGGCACUGGGGCGCCGUCUACUUCUACGUGUCGUUCGCCGUGCUGUUCGGCCGCACCAUCGCCGUGCUCUUCCUGGCGGCCAGGGUCAACGACCAGAGCAAAGGCCCGCUGCCCGUGCUCUUCCAGGUGCCAUCGGACAGCUACUGCGUCGAGGUCGAACGCCUGAUGGACCAAGUUAUUUGGGAUGAAGUGGCUUUCACCGGCUUAAAAUUUUUCUCCAUCACCAGGAAACUGAUAUUAACAGUAGCCGGCACCAUAGCGACGUACGAAGUGGUGCUCUUGCAGUUGAACGACGUGAACGCCUUCAGCAGGACGGAACAACAGUCCCUCAAUUCGACAGAACCCGUUUGCUCGUAACCAUUGCUCACAUCGAGAACAUUUU